ACAACCUGCACCACCUUUGUCCUGCAAACACUCACUUGUCUCGGACCACUGCCAAUACUAUUCCUUGGAUGCGAGUAUCGAUGUCCGAUCCGUGUCGAACUCUCUGAUCACCCCACCCUCGAAAGAUGCAUCGCCUCCCGCGAGCCAUCAGCCUCCGCCAGCAACAACUUCUACGCCCCAACAUCAGGUCGCGAAUACCCCAGCAGCGCUUCACCUCGCGGAUCGCCUACAAACGGAAUGGCGAGCCUGUUCGAUACCAAGCAGUGCGCUUUAGAGGGCGUGGUCCGAGCAUGCGGCAGAUCGUAACAUAUGGCGUUUACGGUGCUUGCGUAUAUUGGUACUUCGGCAUGGUGGUCAAGUGGCUGGGUGUCGAAGUGGAAAUGCUGGACGAAAUGGUGGACGAGGAGAUGGAGGACGACGAUGAAGAAGAGGUCGAGGACGACGGAUAUGCGCACCCAGACUCAUUAUUCAUCCCUCUGACAUGGUCAACGAAACUGCCACGUACUUUCUACAGAGGUUCGGAUCCCGAAUGGCAAGAGUUCAUCAAAAUCGCCAAGGAUAAAGAAAGGCACACCAAAAUCCAGAAUGAGCUGGUUCAAUUGAUCUUUAAGGAAUGUCUCAAGCACCCGGGCGUUGCGCGCCAGUUGGGGAAGGACAACAAGGUCGGAAAGUACUGGUUGGACAUUUCUUUCCCCGAUGGGCCGCCGCAAGAGUAUGAGAGAAGUGGGAUCGAGAUCGCAGAUACAUACAUCGCUUGGAGCCAACAAAAGAUCAGCCCAGAGGAUCAGUGGAGACUCACCAGGACGAUCUGGCCAAAGGCAGCUUUCGAUUCGUUAUGGGCUACCGGCUCAAUGCUAGCCGGCAUUAAUUAUCGGAGGAUAAAACAAGCACUGGGAUGGGAGGACAAGGAUCCGUUCAGCCCGGAGGAGAGAAUGCGACAUGCGAUCGAGAUGCACAACAAGCAGCAUCACCCAGAGCUGAGUAGGAAGCAAGUCGGGCAAGGGCAACUGGAGCCGAACGCCAGCCCAGAAGGUGCGAAUGGCAGCUCGAACAUGCCGCCAGCAAAAUCGACGAGUGACGAAGCCAGAAAGUUGAGUUGGUGGAUGGUCGACGUGCCCAUGCCCAAACCCGGCGAGGACUCUAUGGACGUCCCGAUUGCCAUGUCUGUCUUUCAAUCCACGUUGAGGAAGAACUGGAAUCCCAAGAAAAUGGAGCCUCCACGAGGAACGUUCGUUGUUCAAGGACUGGUGGAAGUACGAGGGCAGAGGGGCAGGAUGAUGUUUGACGUGCAGUCGUGCUACGAUCCCAAGGAGGCGAAGUUCACAAACGUCAACGCGAAUGUGCGGAGCUUCAAGCGAUGGAACCAAGCGCCGAGAGGGGGGCCUUGAUCCCACUGGGAAUAGAUGGAGUGCUUUUCACUCAACUUUUUCGGGUUUCCUGCAGCGUUUGAGCGAGUGAGCGGAUACAUUUGCAGAUGGGCGAUGCAUAGCGUAGGGACAUUCACAAGAUACCCUUUAUUCAUUUGUUGUUGAUGACCAGA